UGUCGCUUUGUUAUCAUACUACAAGUUAAAGUGAUUAAAAACAUUAUUUUGUGGUUCAACAAACAACAUAACUCGUUCUGUCGAUAUCUUAGAAGUAAAUAUUCUCACGUUUAAAUACUAUAUGCAAUGGCGAAAGUUGAAGUGGCAGAAGGAAUUCUUGAAGGUACAAAGGAGAAAAAUAAGUACGGUGGCGAUUAUUUCAGUUUUAAAGGCAUCCCGUACGCGGAGCCACCACUGGGUGAUCUCAGAUUUAAGGCUCCGCAAAAACUGAAACCCUGGAACGGUAUACGCUCCGCUAAAGCGUUCGGCCCAAUAUGCUACCAAUAUGAUUUGUACAACAAAAAAAUUCAUGGCAGUGAAGAUUGUCUGAACCUGAACGUGUAUACGCCUGAAUUGAAACCAAACAAACGUUUACCAGUCAUGUUUUGGAUUCACGGCGGAGGUUUAAUUAAUGGAAGUGGCAAUGACGACUUAUACGGACCAGAAUUUCUUGUUAGACAAAACGUUAUCCUCGUAACAAUUAAUUAUAGACUCGAAGUGCUUGGAUUCCUUUGCCUUGACACGAAAGAUGUUCCAGGCAACGCCGGGAUCAAAGACCAAGUGGCCGCGUUACGGUGGGUAAACAAUAAUAUAGAAAAAUUUGGUGGAGACCCAAAUAAUGUAACCAUAUUCGGUCAAAGCGCAGGCGGUGCAUGCAUUUCGUUCCAUUGCAUGUCACCCAUGAGUAAAGGAUUGUUUAGAAGAGCGAUAAUACAAAGUGGUAUAGCGACAUGCUGGUUGCCAAAUGUAUUCUUACCUUGCGAACGUGCACUAGCGCUCGCAAAAGAUCUAGGUUGCGAGACUAACAAUGAAACAGAAGUAUUUGAAUUUUUAAAAACGCAGCCGGUCGAGAACCUCAUUAACAAACAAAUAAAACUUACUCUAGUGGAGAAUAUAAAAGAAUAUCCUUGCGUAUCUUUCGGUAUUGUGAGUGAAAAAGAAUUUCCUGAUGUCGAGAGAUUUUUCUAUGGCGACAUUUAUGAAGUUUUACGGAGCGGCAUUCAUGAAAAUAUAGAGGUAAUGAAUGGAUACACGGCGGACGAAGGAAUCAUAUUCCUAGCUGGUAGUUACGACCUAACAAAUAUUUACGAGCAAUCAAAUAGAUACUUGGACUAUUUCGUUCCAAAGCCUAUAGAAAUCUAUUGCUCCCUAAAAGAGCAAAUCGAAGUUGCAAAGAGAAUCAAAAGAUUCUAUUUCGGAAAGCAAAAAGUGUCCACUGAAACUUUAGACCGGUUCAUAGAAUAUGUUUCUGCGGACAAUUUUAUAUAUCCAUCGAUAUUAUGGCAAAAGGUUGUCGCGGAAACAAAAAACAAGAACAAGCUUUUUUUUUACAAAUUCAACUGCAAAUCUGAUAGGAACUUUUUUACGCAAUUGAUGGGUAUUCCAGACUUCCGAGAUGAAAUCGUAGUGUGUCAUUGCGACGAUCUGUCCUACAUAUUUCCGGUCAAAAUUUAUGAACAAAAUAUCGCAAUGGAUUCAAAAGCCUUUAAAAUGAUCGAUAGAGUGACAAAGCUGUGGACAAAUUUUGCGAAAUACGGAGAUCCAACACCAGAUGACUUACUGGGUGUUAAAUGGUCACCCUAUACAAUGAACGAGCAAAGCUACUUGAUAAUAGAUGAACAUCUAAGCGCAAGCAAAGCUCCAGACUCCAAAGUGUUUGAUUUUUGGGAAUCUAUUUUUAAAGAGUUCUACCCGCAUGUUGCAGUUUGAAAGAGCAUCUUUAUCAAAUAAUGAAACUAAUCUGCCGCGUGGUGACGGCAGAUCAGAAUAUAAUAUUUAAAAAAAGAAACGGAAAAUAAGAAUACUUUUAUUGUAAAAAAGGAAGCAGGAAAAAAAACGGGUGUGUAAUUACAUAAUUCUAACUUUUAACGCGUU